AUGCCCCUGCCCUUUGAGGAAUUUCAAGGGAAGGGGGUUCUCGAUUUCUUAGAUUCUUCUUCGGAAAACAAAAUCUGGGCUAAUCGAGAGAAGACUCAUGGACGACGAGAAGAUCUCUGUUGCGUUGUCGGUGUUAACAAUGGUGGCUUCCCGGAGCCGACGUCUGUUCUAGACUCUGUCAGAAGUCCAAGCCCCUUCGUCUCUUCCUCAACCACCACGCUGUCUUCCUCUUACGGUGGUCUCAGCGGCGGCGGCGGCGGCGCUGCUGCUGCCUUUUCCGGCGCGGAUGGGAAAUGCGAUCAGAUGGGUUUCGAGGAUCUCGACGGAGUUCUCUCCGGUUCGCCGGGGCAAGAACAGAGCAUUUUUAGACUGAUUAUGGCCGGCGAUGUAGUGGAUCCGGGUUUUGUGGGUUUCGACACGGGUUCUGGAUCCGUCCCGGGUAUUAACGAUCCGAAUUCGCUGUUUGCCUGCGGCUUUCCUUUCCACGACGCACCACCACCGGAAGAAGAGAAGUUUCAGAUUGCGUCGAACCCAGAAACUCUGCUAAACCCGAAUCCGGGUUUUUUCUCCGUCGGGUCGUCUCCUCCUGCAAAACGGCUCAAUUCGGGUCAACCCGGCUCUCAACAUCCCGAUUCUCGUCACCACCACCACCAGUGGGUGUUCCCGUUCUCGGAUCCGGGUCACGAAUCUCACGACCCGUUUCUCCCGCCGCCGAAAAUGGCUGAAAUCAAAGUCGCCGACGACCACGACCAGUCAACAGUCAUCAUCGACCAGCUAUUCAACGCGGCGUCGGAGCUAAUAGGAACCACAAACGGCGGAGAUAAGAACAUCGUCAUCGCGCAAGGGAUAUUGGCGCGGCUCAAUCACAACCUUAACAACAACGACACUAACCCAAAACCUCCGCUUCACAGAGCGGCUUCGUAUGUAACCGAAGCUCUACAGUCUCUCCUCCUUCAGGACUCACCACCGUCUCUCUCUCCUCCUCAAACCCUAAUCCUUCGAAUCGCAGCUUACAGAGCUUUCUCAGAAACGUCGCCGUUUCUCCAAUUCGUCAAUUUCACUGCAAACCAGACGAUUCUCGAGUCCUUCCAAGGCCUUGAUCGGAUCCACAUUGUCGAUUUCAAUAUCGGUUACGGAGGUCAAUGGGCUUCUCUGAUUCAAGAGCUCUCCGGGAGAAGAAACAGAUCAUCAUCAUCAUCAGCUCCGUCGCUGAAGAUUACAGCUUUCGCAUCUGCCUCCGACGAAUUCGAGCUCCGAUUCACGGAAGAAAAUAUCAGGAAUUUCGCCGGAGAGACCGGAGUUUCCUUCGAAAUCGAGCUAUUGAAUACGGAGAUUCUGCUGAAUCCAGCUUACUGGCCUCUCUCUCUGCUACGGUCGUCGGAGAAUGAAGCAAUCGCUGUGAAUCUCCCGAUCAGCUCCGUCGUCUCCGGUUACCUCCCGUUGGUCCUUCGUUUCCUCAAAGAAAUCUCUCCAAACGUCGUCGUUUGCUCGGACAGAGGCUGCGACCGAAACAACGACGCGCCGUUUCCCAACGGUGUGGUACACGCGCUUCAGUAUUACACAUCUCUGCUCGAGUCUCUCGACGCUUCGGGGAAUAAUACGAUUAAUCAGGAAGCUGCCACGAGUAUCGAGAGGUUUUAUGUGCAACCGUCGAUACAGAAGCUGUUGACGAAUCGUUACCGUUGGACGGAGAGAUCGCCGCCGUGGAGAAGCUUGUUUGGGCAAUGUGGGUUUUCUCCGGUGUCGCUGAGUCAGACGGCGGAGACGCAAGCGGAGUAUUUGUUGCAGAGGAAUCCGAUGAGAGGGUUACAUCUGGAGAAGAAACAGUCUUCUUCUUCUUCGUCUUCACUUGUCUUGUGCUGGCAGAAGAAAGAACUUGUUGCUGUCUCAGCUUGGAAGUGUUGA